UGUUGACCUACACCCAGUCAAAAGAAAGUCCCAUCCUAAAAGUUCUAUUAGAAUCAGUUAGGUAGCCGGGUGCUUACGACGCAAGACGAUUUCUUACGUGACGUCACAGCACAGCACGAGAGCGACAUGAUCAACUGGAAGGUCCUGGAUAAUUUCCCUGUGCUGCUUUAUAUUCUAGCAGCAAAAACUCUUCUCCUUUGCUUGGCUUUUGCUGGUACAAAGAUUUAUCAAAGCAAAAAGGCAGAAGCAGCGCUAAAGCGGCAGCAGGAACUGAAGAGGAAGGCAGAAUCCAACCUAACCGAGGAGUGCAAGAAAGACGACUGAAAACAGGGUGUGAAAACAUUCCCCUGGCUAACUCGCUAGACGUUUUCUGUUGUACCUGCUGGUCCUUGGAUUGACAAGAUUGAAAGCUGAAAGAUGGUUGGUGCUGAAAGGAACCUGUGAACUUUUUAUUUAUACUGCUCAAAAAAAAUUAAAGGGAAACUUUUUUUUACUUUGAGUAUAACAUCAAGUCAAUGAAACUUCUGGGCUAUUGGUCUAGUCAGUUAAGUAGCAGAGAGGGUUGUUAAUUAGUUUCAGCUGCUUUGGUGUUAAUGAAAGGCCACAGACAUUUUUCCCUCCUCAUCUUUUCUGACUUUUUUCACUCGUUUUGCAUUUGACUAUGGACAGUGUCACUACUGGUAACAUGAGACGAUACCUGGACACUACAGAGGUUGCACAGGUAGUACAACUUCUCCAGGAUGGCACAUCAAUACGUACUAUUGCCAGAAGGUUUGCUGUGUCUCCCAGCACAGUCUCAAGGGCAUGGAGGAGAUUCCAGGAGACAGGCAGUUACUCCAGGAGAGCUGGACAGGGCCGUAGAAGGUCCUUAACCCAUCAGCAGGACCGUCAUCUGCUCCUUUGGGCAAGGAGGAACAGGAUGAGCACUGCCAGAGCCCUACAAAAUUACCUCCAGCAGGUCACUGGUGUGAAUGUCUCUGACCAAACAAUCAGAAACAGACUUCAUGAGGGUGGCCUUAGGGCCCAGCGUCAUGUAGUUGGCCCUGUGCUCACAGCGGAGCACCGUGGAGCUCGAUUGGCAUUUGCCAUAGAAUACCAGAAUUGGCAGGUCCGCCACUGGCGCCCUGUGCUUUUCACAGAUGAGAGCAGAUUCACCCUGAGCACAUGUGACAGACGUGAAAGGGUCUGGAGAAGCCGUGGAGAAAGUUAUGCUGCCUGUAACAUUGUUCAGCAUGACUGGUUUGGUGGUGGGUCAGUGAUGGUCUGGGGAGGCAUAUCCAUGGAGGGACGUACAGACCUCUACAGGUUAGACAAUGGCACCAUGACUGCCAUUAGGUAUCGGGAUGAAAUCCUUGGACCUAUUGUCAGACCCUAUGCUGGUGCAGUUGGUCCUGGGUUCCUCCUGGUGCACAACAAUGCCCGGCCUCAUGUGGCACGAGUAUGCAGGCAGUUCCUGGAAGAUGAAGGAAUCGAUACCAUUGACUGGCCCCCACGCUCUUCUGACCUAAAUCCAAUAGAACACCUCUGGGACAUUAUGUUUCGGUCCAUCCGACGACGCCAGGUUGCACCUCAGACUGUCCAGGAGCUCAGUGAUGCCCUGGUCCAGAUCUGGGAGGAGAUCCCCCAGGACACCAUCCGUCGUCUCAUUAGGAGCAUGCCCCGACGUUGUCAGGCAUGCAUACAAGCAUGUGGAGGCCAUACAAACUACUAAGUAUGAUUUGGAGUUGCUGCAUUGAAAUUUUGGCAAAAUGGACUAGCCUGCCUGCCGCAUCAUUUUUUCACUUUGAUUUUCUGGGUGUCUUUGAAUUCAGCCUUCUGUAGGUUGGAUUAUUUUCAUUUCCAUCAAACAAUGGAGCAUCUUUUUGUUCCUAAUACAUUACCAUAUCAGUCCAUAUCAGUAGAGAUAUCCAGGAGGAUUUUUUCCAUUGAGAUCUGAUGUGUUUUCAAAGUGUUCCUUUAAUUUUUUUUUGAGCAGUUUACUUUGAAGAACCAUGUUUUUACUACCCAUAUAUUUAUUUUUGUAUGCAUUUAUAUAUGAAUAAAUAUUUUAUUUGGAAUUGAA